AAAGUCUGUAUUAUAUAAACGUGUUUGUUGUAGCGGCAGUCAAACCAUUAUCCCGAUUGUUUUCAAGUUUUGGACAAGAUAUACAAAAUUGAAGACGUUUCCAUGUGCCUCAAGUCACAAUGAAAGGAACUGGUUUGAUACUACUUGUUAUUGCUUCCACUGUCCUUGGUUACCAAAAUUAUGAAAAGACAUCGAGACCAAUAACAUUUAGACAGUAUUGUCACGACGGAGAUGCCGUUGAUCAAAUAUUUCCUGAUCCGUUUCCAUUUACAUGUAAACCUGGUCCAGGUAAACAUGUAGUGUGCAAAACUCAUUUUUAUGAUUUUAAAAACACUUUCAAAUGUCCUGGAUAUGGCUAUGUAAGUGGAUGGGAAUAUUUAGAAGGAUUUGGUGAAAACGUUCGCUGUUGUGAAGAUGAAAACAUAGAGUACACAUACAGAGACUGCGAUGUACAUUUCAACGACGCGACAUUAUUCGGACGGUCGUAUAGAAUUAAUAAAGGGAAGGUUAUCGUUGGUUUUAUCAGUAAAGAUGGAGUUACUUGGAAAAACAUAGAGUGUUCAUAUAGAAAACGUGUAACGGAUAGUUGGGGAAAACAAGACUAUUCAACAUUUUAUAAAGGAAAAUAGAUCAAAGAAGAGGAAGAGGAAAACAUGUCAAACUCUAAGUUAACAUCAUUUACAAAGGCCCCCGGAAAUAAAAACCCAAGUAUA